AUGAAACCCGCCUGGCAGCUGCAAGGGGGCGGGCUCACCCAACGGCUGCGUGGGAAGCUUGAAUCUGCAGCCACCUUCGCCAUCAAAGUCGCCAAAUCCCCUCAAUCACAUAUUGACCAUGGCUGGACAGCUUCUCGCGCAUAUUUCUUUUCAGUCAUUUUUAUCUCCGUCCUGCUCUCCAAAGCCUUCCACAUCUACGCCCAUCUCAAUGCGCUGACGGUAUUAUCCCUUCUCGCAUGGGGCCCCACAUUCUUUUUCCUGGAUAUUUUGAUCAUUCUGGGCGCGCGUGGCCUGGCCCGAUCAUACCAAUGGCGAACGACUCGGGAUAUAGCGGCUGUGUUCACUGCGUUAUUCAGUCUAUAUACCUCGUCCAUGAUUUCCGCCAACAUCUCCCAUUACAUCCACAAGGGCUCGGAGAUCCACUGGCGCUUAUCGCACACCUUCCACAAGGGCAAUCCCACUGCCUUACUUGUUUUGUCAGCCCUGUUUGUCGCUAUCUUUCUCGAGGCGUCAAUUUUGGUUGGCGCAUUCUAUGCCACACCGUAUCUAUCCCGGGCUACGGGAGCCUUCCUGAGGGUCUGGGGUGCGGUAUUGUCCGCGACAUACCGCUACUUCCGUCGGGAUAAGCAAGCUCUGCCGCACCCAGAUACCUACGAGCAAAUUGCAAUCGAUGAAUUUGACGUGGGUGAUGACAACGACUCCGUGUCGCUGCUGGAUAUGCCUCAAGACCCGCCUCCACAGAAGAGUCGGGCAUUACUGAAGCCCGCUAUCGUGGUAUCCUGCAGCGCAAUCCUCCUUUUCCUCUGUGUCAUUCGUCCCAGCGACGUGGUGUAUAGUUUUCUUUCCGGAUCUCUCCCUCUCGCCCCGUUUGGUGGUCUCAAGUUUGGGUCUUCUCGGCGAAGUGUCGCAUCGUUGCCGGGCGAUUUCAGCUGGCUAGAAGGACAAACUGCUCUAGACAACUUCCCGACAUUCGACUGGUUACAUACGGGCGAUGCGGCAACUGCCUUCCCGGAUUGGUCUCCUUUCCGCAUUAACCAUCUCAACAACACCGCACCCAAAGACUAUUUGUAUGAACACUACAACCCGAUGAAAGAUCCUUUACAUACUCCCAAUCUCCAGAAUGACAUUCUAGAGUCCAUCCGUGACGUGCUCCACAGCGGAGACAUGAAGAUCAAGCAUGUUAUGGUCAUCAAAUUAGAGAGCAAUCGCCAGGACGUGUUUCCCUUCCGCUCCGACUCCUACAUCAUGGAGCACAUCAAAAAUUCUUACAAUGGAAACAUUCCCGAGGAGGUUAUGGGUAGACUCGCCAAUCUCACUCCCACUGCCGAAAGGUUCACCGGAUUUGAGACUGGAUUCAACGAGGACAAGGAUCGUCCAACACCAUAUGGUGGUCUUAGCGCGAAAAAGGCAUACACAUCCGGUACAUACACCAUGAAGAGUAUUACAGCCACUAUGUGCGGUGUAAGCCCCAUUGCUGUCCAAGGUAACCUUGAGUAUCUGCACGAUAUUUACCAGCCUUGCCUGCCACACAUAUUCGACGCGUUGAACCAACAAUCAAACAUUACCAAUCAGACUGACGAUUGGACCUCCUGGCCAUGGCAUUCUAUGUGGAUGCAGUCCCACUAUGGUACCUGGGACCAUCAGGAUGGGCUUACGCCUGCCAUGGGAUUCAAAGAUAUCACGACAAAAGAAUCAAUUAAUGAAAAUGGCGCUAAAUACAUUCCAGAGGAGCCAGAGGAGGAGCAGCAAUAUGGUCAUCCCGAUCACACACUCAAAAACUACAUGCGGGAUGCAUUCGCCGAGGCGAAGAAGAACAACACUCGUCUCUUCAUCGGCCAUCUAACUCACAAUACUCAUACUCCUUGGUUCAAGCCUGGGGAGUACGAAGAGUACUUCGGCAAUGGCCUUGGAUGGAACGACAAGUUGAACCGGUACCUUAAUACCCUCAAGUAUCAGGAUGACUGGCUAGCCACGAUCCUCGAGAUCCUUGAAGAGGCUAGAGUCAUCGAUGAGACCCUGCUUGUCAUGGCAGGUGACCAUGGUUUGUCUCUUCCAAACGAUGGUGGUGUAACGGCCAACCAUGACCCCCAUGUAGGCAGUUUCCACGUGCCCCUACUGAUAGCCCAUCCCAAGCUACCCCCGGUCGAAAUCAGCAGCGCCGUCAUUGCGACUCAAAUGCUCCCCAGCAUUCUCGAUAUUCUAAUCGAAACCUCUUCUAUCAACGAGCAGUCGGCACAUAUAUUGAAGGACUUGCUCCCCUUAUACGAAGGCCAGUCGCUACUACGUCCACUUGUCCCUGAGCAGGACAAAAAGCAAGAGUGGCAUUUCUCCACAAUGAACCCGGGAGGAACGUGGAUCUCCAUGCGAGCAGCCGCCAAGCCAUACCGUCUAGUUGUGCCUCUUAUCCCAGAUGCUCCAUGGCGAUUCAGCGAUGUUGUCGCCGACCCAUUUGAGUUCAAACCCGAGGAAGACAUGAACAUCGUCUCCCUGUAUGAUGUUGUGCAGACACGGCACGGGCCCGAGGCCGCGACAUGGCUUAGUGAGGCCGCCCAUAUCUCUCAGUGGUGGAUUGCGGAGAACCACCGACGCUGGAAGUUCAGUCCUGAUGAUCCGACGAGCUGA